GUUUUUCUACGUGAAGAUCAUAAAGACAGGUUUUGCGGGCGCCAGCGGCGGACGUGAACGUUGACAGGUAGACUCGACGCGACUCGGCGUUGCUAGGCGACCGACUUGCCGAACGCGCAAGCGCCAGCCGAACGUAGCCGAGGGCGCGACGACUCGCCUCGAGUGUGAGGCUGUGAGGCGUCCGUGUGUGAGUGAGCUCGGAUCGCGGCGUACCAGUCGUACCACGCAGUGCAAGGGACGCCCGACAGAUAUCGCUAUUUCAACGUUUCUGUGUCUCUUGGUUCUCGUUCUGUAACGGUAGAUAGAGCUACGUAGCAUUAAAUCGAGACUCGUAUCUCUCCAUGUAGUAUUAAUUAAUUAUUAAUAUAAGUGUAAUAUAAGUGUACGAUUGGUUAAUUUGGUUAUGGCUGAUUUGAGGCAACAUGAUUGGUCGACAUCUUACGACGAUUACGGAAAUGUACGUGCAAUGGUCUUUACCUUUUGUUUACUUGUUAUUGUUAAUUUAUCAGACGUCUUUACCUAUUUAACGUGACUUUCCUUACGUACAAGAAUUAUCUAAACAGCUCGAUGUCUGCAUUCGAUUAUUACCGCCCAACAAGAACAAAAUGUUGAACUCUACUUUUGAGCUUGGAAGCUACAGCAUUCCUUCGUUGAAUCACUGGGUUUGUAUCUCCUGCUACUUAAAAAGAUUCAUCAGCCGGAGUCCGUUUUGUUCUCUACGGUCUUCCACCGUCCGUUGACUCCGGCCGUUCGCGAAUCGAUCGACGCGAUCCGGCGGACGAGGAUGACAGGGCGUCAAUGACCGGCUGCCCGUGACGUCGUGGAACGACGAAUCCGCGACGCAGGACAGCAGUCCGAGGAGCGCGCGGGAGGUGACGCGUUCCCGACGGGACCGCAACGCGACGGUCAUGCGUGACGUCGGACGAUCGCGCCGGGUUCGCGACCGGUCGCACUGGUGAUUCGGUUAUCGGGACAUGGCUUCUUCGACGCGAGAAAUGUGCCAUAUUUCGCCGUAGUCUUCUCGUUUGUCCAUCGCAUAAGGAACCCAAGUGAAGUGAAGAUUCCGAGAAAGAGGAAAGGGUGCCGGAGCACAUCACGGUAAUUCGACUUUCUAAUUGUCACAUGCCGUCACGACGAUGCCGCGGAUGCAAAUGAUCGUCGACCCGGCGGGACAUGGAAUUAACGCCGAUCCUUGAAAUUCCACGUUUCGUGCGAAUAAAGUGAACGCGAGAGUCGGUGUAAGUGAAUGUUAGUCGCGAGAGAUAUAACCCGCUCGAAAAUAAAAGCGUGAUAUAUUUUUGGUGAUUGCUACGUGUUGGUGCUAAACAAAGUUAUCUCGCGUGUUGGGUGAUAGCAGGAAGAAAAGUGGUAGACCUGUGGAGAAAGAGAGAGAGAGAGAAAAAAAACACUCGGAAGAAUCGUCGUCCAGCAGGUACGAGGAAUCCGUAUUUCGCUUCGCGCGUCGCCGCGACCGCCGGUGGCCGGUGGCGUAGAGAAUGGAAAGGUCGAGAUAAUAUCGCGAGUCGAGGAGGGAGGAGGAGGAGGAGGAGGAGGUGAUGGUGGUGGAGGCCCCCAGGAUGUGGCAUCUGCUACUGUUUCUCGUCCUGGGAGCGACCCCCGCCCGGGGCGCGCAGCCCGAGCGCGUCAAGUACCUGGAGGUGUCGGAGAACGUGCGGCCGGGCACCCGGGUUGGUUUCAUCGAUAUCGACAGUCCGCCGUAUCUGAUAGCGUUGGUGCCAGGCUCGCCGGUGGAGACCGACCUGAUCAUCGAGCCGACCACGGGCGAGAUAAGGACGCGGGUGCCGUUGGACCGCGAGACCAGGCCGUCUUACAGCCUGGUCGCGCUACCGAGCGUGCGGGUGGUGAUCAAUGUGCUCGACGAGAACGACAACGCGCCCACCUUCGCCGAGAAGCACGUGGACAUCGAGUUCCCGGAGAACUCGCCCCGCGACGUCAAGCGGGCGCUGCCGCCGGCGUACGACUCCGAUCUCGGCCAGUACACGACCCAGCGCUACGAGAUCGUGUCGGGCAAUCACGGGGAUGCGUUCCGGCUGUCGCAGCAGCGCGGCCGCGACGGCGUUCUCUACUUGGACCUGCAGAUCGCCGGCUCGCUCGACCGGGAGGCGCGCUCCCGCUAUCAUCUGGUGAUCGAGGCGCUCGACGGCGGCACGCCGCCGCUCCGCUCCCGCCUGACCGUCAACGUGACCGUGCAGGACGUCAACGAUAAUCCGCCGGUCUUCAAUCAGACGCGGUACGUCGCGAGCGUUCCGGAAAACGCGACCGUCGGUACGCCGGUGCUCGCGGUGAACGCGACCGACGCCGACGCCGGGGACAACGGCCUCGUCGAGUUCUCCAUCAAUCGCCGGCAGUCCGAUCGCGAGGAGAUGUUCCGUAUCGAUCCGGAGACCGGUAUGGUCUACGUGAACAAGGCCCUCGAUUUCGAGUCGAGGGAGCAUCACGAGCUGGUGAUCGUCGCCCGGGAUCGCGGCGCCCAGCCGCUGGAGGCCAGCGCCUUCCUCUCCGUCAGCGUGACCGACGUAAACGACAAUCAGCCGACCAUCACUGUUAUCUUCCUGUCGGACGACGCGACCCCCAAGAUCAGCGAGAGCGCCCUACCCGGUGAAUUCGUCGCCCGGAUAUCCAUCAGCGAUCCCGACUCCCGGACCGAGUACUCGAACGCGACCGUCACCCUGACGGGCGGCGACGGGCACUUCGGUCUGGCCACGCGGGACAACAUCAUCUACCUCGUGGUGGUCGAGCGGCCGUUGGAUCGCGAGGAACAGUCCGUUUACGAGUUGUCGGUGGAGGCGACCGACGCCGGGACGCCUCCGUUGUGCGCCGUGCGCACCUUUCGCCUCCUCGUCACCGAUGUCAACGACAACGCGCCUGAGUUCGAGCGCGACCGAUACGAGGCCCAUCUUCUCGAGGCGUCCGAGCCCGGCACGUCGGUGCUGCGAGUCCUCGCGACCGAUCUCGACGAGGGUGCCAACUCGGCGAUCCGUUAUUCCCUCGCGAACGCGACGUGGUUCGCGAUCGACGAGACCACCGGUCUCAUCACCACUAUGACGCACGUGGACUGCGAGGCCAACCCGGCGCCAGUGUUAAUAGUGUACGCGACCGAUUCCGGACGACCGCCCCUCAGCAGCAGCGCGACCGUGCGAGUCACCAUCCACGAUCUCAACGACAACGAGCCCAUCUUCGACAAGCCGCUCUACAACACCAGCGUGCCGGAGAACCUGCCCGUCGGACGCUGCAUCCUCAAGGUGCGAGCCACCGAUCCCGAUUGCGGCGUAAACGCGAUGGUCAAUUAUACUUUGGCCGGCGGUCGGCUGGAGAACGAACUGCUCAUGGUGCACAGUGAUACGGGAGAAAUUUGCAUCCGGUCGCCGCUGGACAGAGAAACACUGCCUUAUCUGGAACUGCCUGUCAUCGCCACCGACAGAGGGGGACUAAGUACAAUAGCGAUCGUGCGCGUCGACGUGCUGGACGUGAACGACAACCUGCCGGCUUUCAAGCCGCAGCAGUACAACGUGACCCUGCGUAGCGACGGCGUAACGCACGAUCCGAUCCUGAGGCUGGUGGCGAUCGAUCUCGAUGACGGACCGAUCGCCUAUCGCAUCACCAGCGGCAACGAAGCCGGCAUCUUUCAUAUCGAUCACAAUACCGGCGAGCUGCACGUGGUGAGGCCGAGUCUCCUCUUGCGGUCGCCGCUGCAUCAAAUCAACGUGACGGCGACGGAUCCAGACGGCCAGAAGAGCGUCGUCGACGCCGAGGUCAGGGUCACCAUUUCCUCCCCGGGGAACAGAAUCGCCACUUGCGAGAAACCGCGCUACACCGUCACACUGAAGGAGAGUGUCCAGCAGAACACCAUCGUCAGCGGCAUGAAGUACGGCCCGAAUGCGCCGCCCUUGCCAACCGGCGAACGAUCAAGCAGGUUUUAUCUGGCAAGCGAGGAAGCCGAUCUCGCGCUGGAUCCCAACACGGGGAUGCUGAGGAUUCGACAGCCGCUCGAUCGGGAAUCACGUGACAAAUACGUUCUCAGCAUCGAGGCACAUAAUAGCGAUACCAUUGGGUACUGCCAGAUUGAAGUGAUCGUGGAGGACGUGAACGACAAUCCGCCAUCAUUUCGCACGAGCACCGUUCGCAUCUCGGUGCCGGAAUCGCACUCUCUUCACGAGCCUCUGUACAUAGCGCACGCUACCGAUCCCGACAUCACGCCAUCGCUGCCGAUACGCUAUAUUCUCGGUCAGAACACCAACAAUCUGUUCAGCAUAAACGUGCGCAGCGGCGAGCUCUAUUUGGCGAAGCGAUUGGAUUACGAGACCCAGCAGAGGCACGGUCUCCUGAUAACUGCCCUGGACGGCAGCGGGCUCUCGUCUAACCUCAGCCUGAGCAUCGAGGUGCAGGACGUGAAUGACAACCCCCCAGUGUUCGAGAGGAACGAGUAUCACGUGGAGGUUCCCGAAGGCGCCAAGCUUGAUUCCCAGAUUCUUCAGGUGACAGCAGUGGAUCUGGACACGGGAAAUAACGCGAGACUGAGCUAUCGUCUCCAUGGGUCCAUCGCUUUUCGCAUUAAUCCUAUUACCGGCUGGAUCUACCUGGCACAGAGUUUAGACCGCGAGAUUCUCGAUCGGCACACCUUGACGGUUUUCGCAGCUGACAACGGAUCACCCGCGGCGACCGCGAGUGCCUCCGUGCUGGUGACGAUUUUGGAUGACAAUGACAACGAUCCGCGGUUCGAGAAGGACUUUUACUCAUUCGAGCUGUAUGAGAAUCUAUCCUCGGGCACUCUGGUGGGCCGCGUGAGCGCCGUCGAUGCCGAUAUUGGCAAGAACUCGCUUCUCAGAUACGCGGUGGUCCAAACUAAUAGCAGCUUCGCCGUCGAUCCCGACACAGGCAAGAUCACCACGCGCGAGCCGCUCGACCGUGAAACCAAAGGCGUCCACGAGCUGGUCUUGGAGGCGCGGGAUCAAGGAAUACCGUCGAGGGCUGCCCGAGUGCCACUCAGGGUCACGGUGCUGGACGUCAACGACAACUCGCCCGAGAUCGUCGAUCCUCAGGGGGACGUGGUCAGCGUCAGGGAGGAGCAACCGCCGGGUACCGAGGUCGCCAGGGUGCGGGCACUGGACACGGAUAACGGCGAAAACGCCUCGGUGACGUACAGCAUCUCGAAAGACCGAGACUCGGACGGCUACAACGUCUUCACCAUCGACCCGAUCAGCGGCAUGAUCAGGACCAAGGCCGUGCUCGAUCACGAGGAGCGCAACGUGUACCGGGUGUCCGUAAGGGCGACCGACGCCGGUCAUCCGCCGCGACAUAGCGAGCGCGUGUUACGGGUCGAGGUCCUGGCUCUCGCGGACAACCGGCCGACCUUCACCAGCAGCAGCCUUACCUUUAACGUGCGCGAGGAUGCAAGUAUCGGGUACGUGGUGGGAUCAGUGUCGGGAGCGAGUCCUGCGGGUCGCGUAGCCUUCACCUUGGACUCGCUGAAACCGAUGAGCGAGUUUCCGGCUUUCGAUGUCGAUCGCAGCUCGGGCCAGGUGGUGGUCGCCCACUCGCUCGAUCGCGAGAACGUAAGCGAAUUUCACAUGGAAAUCCGUGCGUUGGACACGACCUCGCUCGGGAAUCCUCAGAGCAUCGCCGUUUCCGUGAAGAUCAUCAUAAAUGACGCCAACGAUAAUCCGCCGAGCUGGCCACAAGAUCCAAUAAUUGUGCGCGUGUCCGAGAAAGCAACGAUCGGCUCGAUCAUUUACAAUCUCACGGCCAGCGAUCGGGACAGUGGCUUGAACGGCGAACUUAGAUACGGUCUCGUAGCCGAGUUUCCACCGGAGAAUUGCUUCUUCGUGGAUUCUUUGACUGGCGCUUUGAUGCUGACCAAGCAGUUGGAUAGGGAGGAGAGGGCGGAAUAUAUUCUGAUUCUCAAGGCAUCGGACCGGGCACCAUCUGGGGAGCAAUUAGCUUCCACGGUUACCGCAAGAAUCAUCGUUCUUGAUCAAAAUGACAACAAUCCUGUCUUCGUCGCGCCAGAUAUCACCAAGAUAAACGUCACAUCAAAUCUUUUGCCUGGUGCUAGUCUAAUAAGAGUCGUUGCCAUGGAUAAGGAUGCUGGCGACAACGGUCGGAUAUCUUACGUGAUAACCUCGGGCAAUGAGGAGUCGCGGUUCACCGUAGGCUACGAGUCGGGCAUCGUAAGCCUUGUGAAGCCCAUCACGAAGCCCGCAAACCUCGAGAUUACAGCCAACGAUCACGGUUUACCACCCCGCAAGGCCGUGCUGAAGUUAAGUCUGAAUCCAGUCGCGGCGGAGGCGAGCGGACCUCCUCGAUUACUGUUGCCUAAUCCAAUCGCUAAGAUUUCCGAGAACCUACACGUCGGAUCGCACGUGAUCAAUGUUGCAGGAUCAGCAGUUAUGGAUCAAGGUAACGUCACCUUCAGCAUCCCGAGCAACGUGGCUUCGAACAAGUUUACCAUAGCGCCCAAUGGUCAAGUCACUCUUCGGGCUCCCCUGGAUCGCGAGGAAGUCGCACGUUACUCGGUUUCCAUCAUGGCGAGAUCCAACAAGCUUCUCGACAUCACGACUCUGGACGUGAUCGUGAUGGACGAGAACGACAACAGUCCGGAAUUUCGGCCGGGUUCCUGCUAUUCUCUCGCCGUGCCGGAAAAUCAGGAAAUCACAACUGCGAUCCAUACCAUAGCCGCGACCGAUCUCGACGAGGGGAAGAACGGCGAGAUCUCCUACAGUAUCGUAGGCGGCAACAUCGGCUCCAAAUUCAUAUUGGAUCCGAUCACCGGCGUGCUAUCGAUGACAAAUCUGGAUCGUGAAACCGUGCCCAAGUACGUCCUGACGAUUUCGGCCAAGGACAAGGGAAGACCGAGUCGAGAAGUGCGCUGCAACCUCACCGUAAUCGUCCUGGACGUCAAUGACAACGCUCCGAUUUUCCUGCAUAAUCAGUACACCGGACCCAAUCCACAAAACGGUUUCUCAUAUGGACCGAACUAUCCAUCAGUGAAUUACAAUCCCACGAAAUACGUAACGACUGUCUCUGAGGAUGUCCCACCGGACUCGAGCGUGAUAUCUGUGAAGGCGACCGAUCCGGACCAAGGUGUAAAUGGGAAGAUCACGUAUGCCAUCGCCCAAGAGACUAGCUGGCUCUUCAGGGUCGACAACCUGACCGGCGUCAUUACUACAACUGGCCCACUGGACCGUGAACGCCAAAGCAGCUACGUCUUCCUCGUGGUUGCCACGGACGGCGGCAGGUACGACGCGAAAAGUACAUCGAUCCCUGUCGAGAUCAACAUCAGUGACGUGAAUGAUAACGCUCCAAUAUUCGAGGAAUAUCCCUUUCGAACGCGCGUACCGAUUGGCACGCAGCCGGGUCAAAACAUUCUCCGGGUGUCAGCUGAGGACGCCGAUAACGGCGCGAAUGGUGAGAUCGUCUAUUCAUUGAUAAACCAGCAGGAGAAACCGAAAUUUCGGAUACACCCCAGCACCGGCGAAGUAACGGCAAGCCUAUCGUUGUCGCAAGAUAACGGCAGAACGUAUCAUCUGGAGGUGUUGGCCCAAGACAAGGGUGACCCGCCAAAGAGCACAAAGGGUUUAAUCGAACUUCAGGUCGGCGACCUCGCCGAUCUGACGCCCAGCCUGAAAUUUCAGAAUGAUACGUACAAUGUCGUCGUCCAGGAAAAUUCGCCGGCCGGCACAGAGAUUGUUAAAAUCACCGCGGUGCGUACCGAUGGCAGAAGACAGCGAGUCACCUACGCGAUCGCCUCGGGAAACGAUUAUCACACCUUUGCGAUCGAUGAAGACACUGGUCUGUUACGCGUCAAUGAUCCUACCAGGCUAGAUGCAGAACUGUGGAAUGACAUGACGAUAAAACCCGGUAAUGAGCUGCCGGACGACGCGGCGCGCACCAAUUUGUGGGGUAGAUCUUUGGAAGGCCAGCAACCGAAGGAGGAGCCCAGAAAAAGCUCGAGGCACAUUCUCAAUGUGGUGGCGAGGACGGCGAGCCAGGAAGUUCUGGAAGCGUACGUCAAAGUUAUUAUCAGGAUACUUGAUGUCAACGACAAUCCACCAAUCUUCACGCAAAUGCAGUACUCGGCUACGGUACUCGAAGGCAAUGCCAAAGGAGAUUUUGUCAUGAAGCUGUCAGCAAGUGAUGCAGAUCAAGGGCUGAAUAGCAGAAUCUUAUAUCAUAUCGUGGACGGCAACCCAGAUAAUGCCUUUACCAUAAGCCCACCGUACAGCGGAGUCGUACGAACUAACAUAGUUCUAGAUCGUGAGAUCCGUGAGAAGUAUAGAUUAACUAUUAUCGCGACUGACCAAGGAAAUCCGCAAUUAACUGGUACAGCAGCAUUGAGCGUGCGGGUGAUCGAUGUCAAUGACAAUCAGCCUACCUUCCCAGAGCAUAGUAUCAUUUCCGUUUCUGAAGGUACUGCCGUGGGAGCCGUGCUGACGACUAUCACGGCGAACGACGUCGACAGUUCGCCGGGGUUGACGUAUCGAUUCGGCAACGUGACGAGUCCGGGGCCCUUCAGCAUCGACUGGUACGGCGGCAAGGUUGUCCUCCGGAAGCGUCUGGACGCCGAGACGCGUUCCGAGUACACUCUUCAGGUGAUCGCCAGCGACGGGAUCCACGAGGCGACAACCGAUCUCACCGUACGUGUGACCGACGUCAACGACAACGCGCCGCGAUUCGAGCAGGCUGUCUACGUGGCUGUCCUUUCGGAUGGGCAAGGCAAGCAGGAAAUUCUGAUGGUAAAUGCCACGGACGACGACCUUUCGGAGGAGAACAGCCGAGUGCGAUAUUAUCUGCUGCGUCCCGUGAAGGGAUUUUCGGUAGAUCCCGUGACCGGCGUUCUGACUGUUAAUCACACAGCGAUACUCAGGCCGAUACCGAGGGAAAUGGACCUGGUGAUCGUCGCGGAAGACCAUGGCGAGCCCGCGGCAUCGUCGGUGUGCACGGUUGUCGUGCGACUUAGCAGCUUAGAGAACGCGCUACCCGGGCGGGAACACAAAAUCGCGGUGAAGGAAAAUUUGCCGAAGGGUACGAUGCUGAUGAAACUUUCCGACGUGGAUUUGCUAGACGGUGCCAUCGUUGCGAGCGACGAUACAAGCGGAACAUUUGAGAUAUUUGCAGAUCAAUUGAUUCUCUCAAAGAUGCUUGAUCGUGAAACAAGAGACAAGUACAUGCUGCAAUUGAGUAGCAAGAUCGAAAACACAUCGACAGGCUCGCUGGUGGGAGACGAACCGAUAAGAGUAACAAUUGUUGUGGAAGAUGUCAAUGAUAAUUAUCCGCAUUUCCUGGAAGAGCUUUAUGAAGUAUCGAUCAAGGAAGACACCCCGCGCGGAACGACCAUUGCCGUCCUGCACGCCAAGGAUGACGAUUUAAUCAACAGCACGGCAGCCACGUUGGUGUACGACAUCACCUCAGGAAACGACGGCGGUCUCUUCCGUGUCGAAAAGAGGACCGGCGCGAUUCUAGUAAACUCCACACUCGAUUGCGAUUUAGAGCCCGAGGUCUACAAUCUCGUGGUGAUGGUCUGUGACAGCGAUUCGACUCUGCCUCUAUGCGCUCUCGCCAGGCUUAGCAUUAAUCUAGAAGAUGUAAAUGACAAUUCGCCAAAAUUCCCGGUUUCCGAGUAUCUCGAGUUUGUUGGUGAAAACGAGCCGAUUGGUACGACCGUCUUCUCUGCACGUGCCUCGGACCUCGAUCGCGGCGUCUUCGGAUCAUUGAACUACUCUAUUGUUUCCGCUGCCGCCAGCGGAUACUCCGACAUCGACGACAGUUGGAAGCUGUUCGCGGUUGACGAGUCAGGUACCAUCAUCACUCGCGCCGUGUUCGAUUACGAGCAACGGAAUCGAUAUGUCUUCACAUUGCGCGCCACGGACGCAGGCGGCCGUACUGCAGCGGUACGCGUCAGGGUAGAAAUUGAUUCGAGGGACGAAUUCUUUCCACAGUUUACCGAGAGAAUGUAUCGAUUCGGAAUAAGGCGCAAUGCUCAAAUGAUGGCUGGUACAGUAAUUGGUCAUGUGACGGCAACCGAUCGCGAUAAAGGGCCUGAUGGCCGUGUCGUGUACCAGUUAACGUCCCAGCAUCCGUAUUUCAAAUUGAAUCGCACGACCGGUGCGUUAAUUGUGAAGCAAAAAUUAUUGCACGUCGACAUAGACGAAUCGUCCAGAUUGGUAGUUAGUGCAAGUUCUGGUAGGCAAGGCUCUCUGUCUAAUAUGACGGUAGUAGAAAUUACGUUGAUGGAUGAUAACGAGCUGAACGGAGCUAGAGGAGCUACCGCUCUGGCAACGCCGACAGAUAUUGGUUCGAACAUGGCCGUAGCCACUUCGGGUGGUUUGGCCGAUUGGGUCCUAGGUCUACUGAUCGCUCUUCUUCUUCUUAUUCUCGCGUUUGGUGCCAUCUUUCUUUAUCUUCACAUUCGUAAUCGCCGUCACAAGAAGCCCGGCACGAAACCAGGUUUGAAUGGCGAAAGCAACGCUACUGCAUCAAACAGCUAUGUGGAUCCCAGCGCGUUUGAUACGAUUCCAAUUAGAAGCGUGACCGGAGUCGGAGUGAAUGGAAACGGCAAUUCCGCAAGUAGCGGAGGAGCAGGCAGCGGUGCAUCUUGUCAAUUUGCUCCUCCUAAAUAUGACGAAAUACCUCCUUAUGGAACAUCCAGUCAAUCCGGACAGCAGCAAGCUACCUCUGAGCUUUCCGGAAGCGAUCAAUCGGGUUCUUCAGGCAGAGGCUCCGCCGAAGACGAUGGAGACGACGAGGAAAUCAGAAUGAUCAAUGAGGGCCAGCAAACUGGUGAUUCCGCGAGCGAUCUCUCAGUUCACAAUACUCAGGAAUACUUAGCUAGAUUGGGCAUCGUGGAUCCUCCAGCCGGUACACCUAGAAGGCCUCCUGAAGCUCUGCCUCUGGACAGUUUGCAUCUAUUUGAGGAUGAGGCGAGCACAGAAGCGGAUAUCGCGACUUUGAUCUACGGUAAGAUCGGGGAAUCUGGACGACCUACUUCUGGUCUGGAGGUACCAGGUGGACCGUCGAUGAAUGGCUCCUUAAGUUCCAUUGUGCAUAGCGAAGAAGAACUCACCGGCUCGUACAAUUGGGAUUAUCUAUUGGACUGGGGACCUCAGUAUCAACCGCUGGCUCACGUAUUCAGCGAAAUUGCUAGGCUAAAGGACGAUGCCGCCAGCGUUCAAAGCGGAAACUCCGGCAGUAGCGGUAAGACCAAAUCUAUACAUAAAGCGCCACCGCCGCCGUUGCUUACGUCCGUCGCUCCAAGGUCGUUAGCAGCGCCGGCGCUAGCGAGAGGCAUUUUACCACGGUCGCCGAUCAGUCACGAUGCCUCCACCUUCCCUUCCGCCGCACUGAGCCCGAGUUUCUCACCCUCGUUAUCACCUCUGGCUACAAGAAGUCCCAGCAUCAGCCCCCUCGUGCCUCCCGCCACCCAGAGAUCCAGUCAAAGUGCCACCCGAGGGAUUCCUGUCGCCGACGCCGAACUGAGGAUUUGAGGAUAUGAUUUUAAUCCGGCGUACUUUGCAUACAAAGUGUUAGCGUUAAUCUAUUGAUGACUCGCCGGGAACGCGAUCAUAGGACAAUACGGUGCCUCAUAUAAUGCGAAUAAUAUUCUUGUUAAUAUGCGUUGUUAAAUGCGACUGAUUAAUAGGUAUGUGUAUAUUGCUCUCUCAGACUGUGCGAAUAAGGAUCCGCGGGUAUGAUAUUAACGAAUGAUUUUAAUUUAGUAAUUUCAAUUUGAUCGGUCAGAAAAAGAAAUUGACUCUCGAAUUGUUUCCCUCUGUCACACGCAAACGCUACCUUCCCGUAAUUAUUAGUUAAUUAACGGAAUAUGAACUUUACAGAUAGUUUCGAUUUAUCGCGAGAAGCGGAAAGUGGCGAUUGCGCCUUGACAAUUCCGUAUCUACUAUGCAAUACAGACGCAUUCUUCGCUCCGAUCAAUAGCUAUCUGAAAACAUACGUACUUUCUGAAUGGGAUGUUGUAAAUAUCCGUCGAUUGCGACGACGUUUAGUCAUUAAGUAGCAUUGUAAAUAAUAAUUCAUAAGAAUAACGAUGUUGUCAUAAUCAAAAAGAUAGACUGUCCUUACAUAAACCGGAAACUGGAUGAUCGCGCCGUGUUCAUCGAGCUCUCUAUGUGUGAAUGUGUAUAAUAAUAUAAUUUUAUAUUGAAUUGAUCGAUAUUACGACGAACACGACGAUAUCAUCUGAAUUGAAAAUGAAAUCGUGCUACCACGAGCGAACUGAUCACACACUGGAUUUCGUGGCAGCGCAUCUCUAAAUAAAUAUAUAACUUCGUUGAUUAAUUGUUAUUUUGUCCUGCUGUCCCUCGAGCGCGAUCUCGAUGUAACGAAGGAUGGAUUCUCAGCCCGAUACAUUUAUACAUACGCACUGAAUAUAUAAAUAAAUAUAUGUCAUAUUUUGUAAAAAUUGUUUUCUGUACAAAGACUCUGUCAAGCUGAGGGCCUAACUGAAACGUAGGCCUUAAAUAAAUGAAUUUUUUAGGA